UCCCAGGAAAAGAUACUACUCAGGCACUGACAGUCUGAGUAUACACAGAGCCUACACUGGAUCAACAAUCUGUGACUUCUUUUCUGGUUUAUACUUGAUAUAUUAAAACAACACCUGAACAUUAUAUAAAAACAUUUAGUUUUGUAUUAGCUGACAGAGUUAUGGGGAAAGAUUACUAUUCCAUUUUGGGCAUUGAAAAGGGGUCUUCUGAAGAGGAUAUCAAAAAAGCUUACAGAAAACAAGCACUCAAAUGGCACCCAGACAAAAACAAAUCUGCUCAUGCAGAGGAGAAGUUUAAAGAGAUUGCAGAAGCCUAUGAGGUUCUCAGUGACCCCAAGAAGAGGGAUAUCUAUGAUCAGUUUGGAGAAGAAGGUCUUAAAGGAGGAGCUGGGACGCCAGAUGGCCACAAUGGCAACUUUCAUUAUACUUUCCAUGGUGACCCACAUGCUACAUUUAAUGCAUUCUUUGGAGGUGCAAACCCAUUUGAAAUGUUCUUUGGAAGAAGGAUGGGAGGAGGACGAGAUGAUGAAGACAUGGAACUGGAUGGAGAUCCAUUUAGCUCCUUUACUACCUUCAGCAUGAAUGGGUUUCCUAGAGAAAAGAACCAGGUUGGUAACCAAUUCCGUCGCAAACAGGAUCCUCCUAUAAUUCAUGACUUGAGAGUAUCUUUGGAAGAGAUCUACCAUGGGUGCACUAAAAGAAUGAGAAUUUCCAGGAAAAAAAUGAACCCAGAUGGGAGAUCUGCAAGGACUGAAGAUAAAAUCCUAACCAUAGAGAUAAAGAAGGGUUGGAAAGAAGGCACAAAGAUCACAUUCCCCAAGGAGGGAGAUGAGACACCGACUACCAUUCCUGCUGAUAUUGUUUUUGUUAUUAAAGACAAGCCUCAUUCAAACUUUAAGAGAGAUGGCUCAAACAUCAUAUGUCCUGUACAGAUCAGCUUACGGGAGGCUUUAUGCGGCUGUUCACUCAGUGUACCAACCUUAGAAGGACGGAACAUACCAAUGACAAUAAGUGAUAUUAUAAAACCGGGUAUGAGAAGGAGGAUUAUAGGAUAUGGACUUCCUUUUCCAAAAACGCCAGACCAACGUGGAGAUCUACUGGUAGAAUUCGAAGUGAAAUUUCCAAACAGCAUUCCUGAGGGAUCUAAAGAAAUCCUGAAAAGACAUCUUCCAAUAUCCUAGAUUCACAGCCAUCAGUGACAAUUAGCUGUGUCUAUAGACUCUGUGUGCUUGGAAAUCUUGUUUUCCUGGAUUAAAGAUGAAUGAUGUUGAGUGUAUUGUAAGAAUUUUAAUUAGCACUUGCUAGAAAGCUUGCUGCUGGCAUAAAUGUGGUAGUGACGCAUACACACUAAUAGAUUUUUUGUUGUAUAGUGUAGACAGUGUGCGCAUCGCUGCCCUUUAAAUAUUGCAAUAUCUGCCCUCUUAAAGAUUAAAGGGAAACUGAACCCAUUUUUUUUUGCUUUCAUGAUUCAGAUAGAACAUGCAAUUUUAAGCAACUUUCUAAUUUACUCCUAUUAUCAAAUUUUCUUAGUUCUCUUGGUAUCUUUAUUUGAAAAAGCAGGAAUGUAAGCUUACAAACCAUACCAUCUUUGGUUCAGCACCUGGGUAGCUAUUGCUGAUUGCUGCUAUUGCUGAUUGGUGACCUUUUUUAAAUUAUGAUACCAAGAGAACAAAGAAAAAUUGAUAAUAGGAAUAAAUUAGAAAGUGGUUUAAAAUUGCAUGCUCUGACUGAAUGAUGAAAGAAAAAAAUGUGGGUUCAGUAUCCCUUUAACAUUUACAUUUACCACAAUUUCACACACUACCUUGUUACAAAAAGACACAUUUUGCUUUUGUUUCCAUCAGUGCUGUAUAUUAAAUCAGCGCUAUUGGAAGAGACUUCUAUUACGACUAUGGGGCAGAUUUAUGAAUGUGCAAGCAGACAUAAUACAAUGUAGCGUAUCAUGUCCGCCGCACACCGCUUAAUGCCGACAGCAUACGCUGUUGGCAUUUAUCAUUGCACAAGCAGUUCUUGUGAACUGCUUGUGCAAUGCCACCCCCUGCAGAUUCGCGGCUAAUCGGCCUCUAGCAGGGGGUGUCAAUCAGCCCGAUCAUAUAGGAUCGGGCGGAUUGAUGUCUGCAGCCUCAGAGCAGAUGGACAAGUUAUGGAGUAGCGGUCUUUAGAUUGCUGAUUCAUAACUGCUGUUUCCGGCCAGCCUGAAGGCUCGCGCGGAAACAGGGGCAUUCGGAGCUUGAUAAUUCGGCCCCUAUAUCUGGCAAAAUGUAAUGUUCUAUAUUUUCUUUUCCAUAUAUGCAUAAACAUUAUCAUUUUUGUUUGUUUUCUUGUAAAUUCAAAAGAGAGAUCAUUUUAUAUAGUAUUCUAAAGUGUCAGAAGAAAAAAAAAUAAUCUUUUUUGUGUUUGAAAUUUUCCAGUAUUUUUUGUUAUUAUUUUAGGCUUAUAUUUUUUUUAGUGUUUUUGAAAUUACCAAACUAUAUUUUAAUCAUAAUUGUUAAACACCAUAUUGUAAUGUUCAACUCUCAAAUUUCUUUAACACUAUUUUACAGGUAUUAAAAGCAAAUUAAUUAAAUGUUUGAAAGUUAUGAACUUAUGUUUUACACCAGAAAGAACAUCCUAAAGAGGCAUGAAACCCAAUUUUUUAUCUCAUGAUUCAGAUAAAGUAUACAAUUUUGAACAACUUUCCAAAUGACAUAUUAUUUGUUGAAGGAGCAACAAUGCAUUACUGGGAGCUAGCUGAACACAUCUGGUAAGCCAAUGACAAAAGGCAUAUGUGUGCAGCCACCAAUCAGCAGCUAGCUCCCAGUAAUGCAUUGCUGCUUCUCAACCUGCCUAGUUAUGAUUUUCAAGAAAACAUACAAUGCAAAGUAGAUAAUUAUUAAAAGGUUAGUUAAAAUGAUGUGAUCUAUCUGAAUCAUAAAUGUUUAAUUGUGACUGUAUUGUCCCUUUAAAGUUACAUAUAAAGCUGACACACAAAAAUAGUCUUUGUUAAUAGCCAAUAUCUCUGAUUUUUGCUGCAUACGUUUAUUUGUUUAAUGUACAUUUUAUUAUCACAUAAAGGUGCCUAAUUGCUUAA